AUGUCGUCCAAAUUGUCCAAGGCACUCAAAAAGCACGACACAAAAGCCAAGAAGACAUCCAACGGAUUCGUUAGACCGGGUAAAACUGCCAAAACCGAGACCGAAUCCAAGAGCAAAAAGCACAGAGACGUUUCGUCGGUGGAAAAGCACCAGGAAGAUAGCUCGAGCGAUGAAGAAGAGGAAUCUGAUGAGAAUGAAAGUGAAGAGUCGGAUGAUGUCGACGAAAAGGGCAUGCAAAGACUGAUGGACCUCUUGGGCGAAGACGAACUGGAUGACAUUGCCAAGUUGCAACUUGGGAUGGUGAAUGGGGAAGAGGAGGAAGAGGAAAGUGAAAAUGAGAACGAAGAGAGUGGACAGGAGAGUGAUAGCGACGAAAUACCAGAGGAAGUCGACCUGGAAGACGUUUCGUCUGUGGACGAAGACGUCGUACCAAGACAAAAGCUACUUAUUGAUAACCGGAUUGCCCUAACGCGUAUACGAGAAAAUAUCCAACUUGACCCCUCGUUUCCCUGGACAGAGACGCUCGCAGUCACAUAUGAUCAAGCCAUCGACGUUGAUGUCAAUGACGAUCUACAACGGGAGCUAGCCUUCUACAAGCAAGCUCUCCACGGUGCCAACACCGCAAAAACGCUGGCAGCCAGACAUAAUCUACCGUUUACUCGUCCGUCCGACUUUUACGCCGAAAUGGUCAAGUCGGAUGCACAUAUGGAACGCAUUCGCCAACGCGCACUGGACGAAACGGCGGGCAUCAAACGCAGCGAGGAAAAGCGCCGAGAACGUGAGGGCAAAAAGUUUGGCAAAAAGGUUCAGUUGGAGAAGCUCAAGGAGCGUGAGAGGUCGAAGAAGGAGAUUGAGGAGCGCGUAAAGGGCUUGAAGCGAAAACGCAAGGAUGCCCUGGACGCGGACGAGUUUGACGUCGAGCUUGAAGACGCGAUAGCGGACCGACCGUCGAAGCGACAUGCUGCAGGUGGUCAAGACGGAAAACCAAAAAUGUCGCGAGAGAAGCGAGAUGCAAAGUAUGGAUUCGGAGGCAAAGUCGGUAGGCGCUCGAAGCAGAACACACGCGAGAGUACGGACACCUUUGCAAAAGCGGGGAAACCUGCCAAAAAGGGCAAGAAGCCGGCAAUGAAGCGGCUGGGCAAGUCUCGGAGAAUGAAGACGGGGAGGCGAUAG